CAGAGAGAGAGGGAAAGCAGAGAGGAAGGCAGAGAGAGAGAGAGAGAAGGGACAGAGGCAGGGAGUAAAGAGAGAGAGAGUAGAGAGAAAAAGGCAUUGUGCAGAGAUUGCAGGGACAGGCAGGUUACAGAGCGGCUACGAUCCACAGCGCACCAGCGACAUGGGCCACACACAGACCUCUUUGUCUCCACUCAGGGAGUGAAGAGACGAGACUAGGACUGGGAAGAGGACAGGACACUGCGAGAGGAAGUGAUUUGAAGAACAACUGUGUUUCCGCAGCUUUUGCUGGGGCACCUUGAGUGGCGGGACGGUAAGGGACCAGCUGUGAGUGUCAUCUGGCCAUGAGAGAGUGACGGAGAAAGGACAUCUACUGCUACUGAGGACGUCUUGGUAUCUUCCUCUCCUGCCUGUCCCCAUGUCUAGAGGAGGGAGGCCCCCGGGUGGGUGGGCCCCGAUGUGGCCCCUGGCGUGUGCACUGACCCUGGCUGCAUGCUCGUCGGUCAGCCCCCUCCUCCAAGAGACCACCUCUGAUCCUCCCAUUGCUACAGAGACACAGACUGGAGUACGGACACAGCCAGAGCUUCAGACAGAGGCACAGACUGUGGCACAGACACAGACAGAACCACAGACACAGCCUAAGCUACAGACUGAGUCACCAACAGAAUUAGAGUCACAGGCAGCUACCAUCAACCACACAGGUCUGUUGUGUGUGUCCGUGCUUCCCCCGAGGCGCGGGUCAUUCUAUGUGGAGCAUGGGACAGGGGUGUCGGUGGGUACAGUGCUGGCCUUCUGGUGCAGGGAGGGCUACCAGCUGGUGGGCAGUGAUAAGAUCUCCUGCAGCGUCUGGGCAGGCAAACCCCAGUGGAGCAACUUCCUGCCAGUCUGUGAGGCCAUAUCGAGGCCAGAGGACCGGGGUCUGCGCGUGGCCGUGUUGGCCUCAGUGGUCAGUGGCAUCGUCAUCCUGGCAAUGUCUCUCUCCUUCAUCAUCUGCUGCCUGCAGGAACGCACUGGGAAGGACAGGGCCACCAGGAGGGACGGCAGGAACAGGCGUAGAGACACGCGGUCUUCUCGGCGUAGUGAGUGCUGGCUGGAGAGAGAGGACGGGGACUGGGGCACGUUUCCCCCUCCUAAGAUCUUCCACCUGUCACAGCGGCCGGACCUCCGGCUGGCUGCAGAAAGCCCUGUCUACCUGGGAGGCAUGGCCGGCUUCGACAACCGCGGAUACCAGAGGAGUCAGGAGAGCCUACUGAAGGCCCCGAUUCCUGGUCUGUUCCGGGCGGAGAGUCAGAUCAUCUACCCCCACGUGGUGCUCCAGAGAGUCCCCACCCCCACUGCCCCAACUGCCCCUGUCUACCCCCACAACAUUCCCCCCAACUCUGCCUCCAACUCCGGAUGUGCUCCCUCACAGCCACACUACAUGCCCCCAUAUCCUACCCUGCAGUAUCCCAUCCACAACUCCACCCCCCAGCGAGUUCCAUGGCAAAUGCAGCCCCAUUGAACUGUCACUGUCCACUCGCUCUCUCCCUCUCUGGAGGUCAAGUGUCAAUGAGGAAGGAUCAAAUAACACACUAUUCCCUAAUAAGUGCGCUACGUUUGAGCAGAGCCCCAUGCAGCUAACCUUAUACAAGUUUUGGUCAAAAGUAAUGCACUACAUCGGGAAUAAGGUGUUAUUUGCCAUUUGAGAACAGCCCUCAGACCCCUGUCAGCGAGAUGCUUCUACUACUGCAAGGAUGGCUGGAUGGGACACGUGUUACUGUAUAUACUGUAUGAUAUGGACUGACAGAGAGACCAGAGGGUCUUUUCCAGCACUUUCUGACUCCUCGCCUCUUCUCUCACUGAAAAAGCCCUUUCUGCUGUUUCUAGUGUAUCUCUACACGGCAGAGGAGGUUUUUCUAUCUCUACCAUUCUCUCUGUGUCUCCUGUCAAGGCUUUUGUUCAUUUUGUGGUGUCCUCCAUUUUCACAAGAGCUUUCUUCCUAUUAGUCUUCUGAUUGGUCAAAGUCCCCUUCAGAUCCGGGCCUAUCAGGACACAUCCACUUGUUGAUGUCACUGACUGAAGACUGUGAGAUGUUGUUUGGCGGUGGUCCCCAAGUCGUCACCGACCAAAGAAGAAAUGGACUUAGCUGAGGAAGGUGGAUACAGAAAUCAUCCCCAAUACCAUGUAUGGGUGUAUAAUAUAUUAUUCUUAAAGGUCAUGAAUAUGCAAAUUCAUGUUUUUCAUGAAAUUGGAUGAUAUUUGGAUGAAAGUAUGAUGGCCAAAGUAUGAAAAAUGACUGUUUCGUCUACAUUGAUAAAGUUUGGAUUCUUGGAUUCAGGAGGCGGGAUUAUUAAGGGGAUAGGGUGACAUCACUCUAACUCUCUCAUUUUAAUACACAAAUGGUAACAUGAUAUUCUCUUACCUAAUUUAAAUAAGUACCGCCUUGUAACCAGCAUCGGAGAAAGCGUGUUUGCAGAGGGGCGUGGUUUAUAUAGCUAAAUAGCUACUCUACUGGUGUUAGCUAGUCACUGGCUAGCUAGGUCUUCAGCCAGCAUGGAACUAAAGGGGGGACAGGUCGUUCAAAACUCUGACACAGUUGUCAGGUCAACACAUCCGUCAGUGCUAGUGUGAACCGCAGCACCAGAAACAUGUCAAACGGGAGAUGUAUAAAUCAAAUAUGUAUAUCAUUGAUGCAAUUUCAAUGUUGUUUGAGUUGCUUUGUGUAUCACUUCCUGGUAGUUAGUAAAGUAAUUUUCCAACAUUUUUAGCAUUUAUAUCCCAAAAUAAUAUAAUGGGGGAUAUUUCUGUCACUCAAAAGGCUAUUUUACAUGGGAAUCAGAAUGACUGUUCAGGACAUUUCAUGAUAUGAGAAGGCCUUUCAGCAAAGUUCAGCCAUUAUUUUCCCCUAUUUGUUCUAAAGCUUUGGACUAAAACUUUGGAGAGCUCCUUACCUGUCGUUGAAGUCUUUGUCGUGUGUUUUUCUACGGUGGUAGGAGACUUGGAACAGUCACACCAACUAACCUGCACUUUAUGGAUUUUACUGACGGGCUGGCAAUAGAAAUUGCAAGAACCUUGCGCUGACUAUUCCCGCAAUAUGUUUGUAUGAAAAAUGGUUUCUACCUAAAAACUGAUUAAAGAUAUUUUUGUUUAGUUGAA